CAAGAACUCCAAGUGCAUCCAAUCCAUUAAAGUGAAGAACUGGAAAGGCAUACAUAACAAAGAGAAAAAAAAAAAGAAGAAAAAGAGAUUCAUCCAUCCAUGGCCAGCAGGCUUUGUGUGGGUGUACUAAUGGGUCUGUGGGGAAAACCCCUCCAAAAGGCACACACUUUCCCCUACUCCAACUCCAACUCCAACUUUCUCUCUUCAUCACUGCUUUUCACUUCACCAUUCAGAGCACUCUUCUUGACACAACUUUAGCUUCCUGGGAAAAGCUGCUUAGCCAAAAGGGGGUUUAUUCAAUCAGGCAAUGGUGAAGGAAACUGAGUACUAUGAUGUUCUUGGUCUGGACCCUUCUGCGCCGGACGAUGAAAUUCGAAAGGCUUACUAUCUCAAGGCCAGGCAGGUCCAUCCGGAUAAGAACCCCAACGACCCUCUUGCUGCUCAAAGAUUUCAGGUAUUGGGUGAAGCAUAUCAAGUUCUGAGUGAUCCUGCUCAGAGGGAUGCAUAUGACAGAAAUGGGAAGCAUUCUAUAUCAAAGGAGACCAUGCUGGAUCCCACUGCAGUGUUUGCUUUGCUGUUUGGAAGUGAACUAUUUGAGGACUACAUUGGUCACCUAUCAGUGGCAUCAAUGGCUUCUUCUGAAUUGGCUGCUGAAGCUGAGAACCCUGAUAAACUCCAUGAAAAGUUAAAGGGUGUCCAGAAGGAAAGAGAGGAAAAGCUGGCUAGAUUUCUCAGAGCUUUUCUCGAUCAGUACGUUCGAGGAGACAAAGAUGGGUUCGUUAGACGUGCUGAAUCUGAAGCUAAGCGCCUUUCUGAUUCAGAUUUUGGUGCUGAUAUCUUGCACACAAUUGGGUACGUAUAUUCAAGACAAGCAGCUCAGGAGCUUGGGAAGAAGGCCCUUUACCUUGGAGUUCCAUUCGUGGCGGAAUGGGUUCGGCACAAAGGCCAUUUCUGGAAGUCACAGGUUACGGCAGCAAAAGGUGCGUUUCAGCUGCUCCAACUUCAAGACGACAUUCGCAGGCAGUUCAAAGCCAAUGGGACUGCACCAGAAAAUGACGUGGAGUCACAUUUGAGACUGAACAGGGAAACUCUGAUGAGCUCCAUGUGGAAACUGAAUGUAGUCGACAUCGAAGUUACCCUCAUCCAUGUCUGCCAAAUGGUCUUGAAGGAGAACAAUGUGAGGAGAGAAGAACUCAAAACUCGAGCCUCAGCUCUGAAAAUCCUUGGCAAGAUCUUUCAGGAAGGUAAACAGGCGAGAAUUGAUGGACCGUCAAAGGCAAAGAGUAGUCACGAAACUGGGGAUGAUGAUGACGAAAGCAGUUCCGAUAGCAGCAGUGAAGAAGAUGAGGGCCCUAGAUCACUAUCUUACAAAACUCCUCUUCUCACUCAGGCAUGUCUUGUCUUGGAAUUGGUAGGCUGUUCAGAUGCCUGUGCAAUCCAGCUUUCGAUGUGCAUGAUGAUGAUGAGAUUGUCUACAGAAGCAGAUGCUGACGUAACAAAUUUACAAAGAGCUGUGUAUAUGAUGAUGAAACCCUUCAGAUUCUUAUUCUGCCACAAAGGUCUCCAGUCGCUGAACUACAUAAAGUUUUCUCUCUUUCUGUUUUCUUCGAACACAUCAUCAACCUCUGCAAUUGAAACCAGAAAUACAAAACUGAAAAUCGUUUGUUUAUUCUCCUUUCAACAGCAAACCACCUGGCCGAUUCAAAGUUCUGUAAGAUACACAAUUCAGCUGUUUUUGGUGGGUGUAUUUCAAGAGUGAUGUUUUGCAAUAGCAUAUGCAUAUCCCAUCAAAUAAAUAUUGAUUUUCAUCGAGUUGAACACUCUUUU